UUCAGUUUCAUCAGAAAAUGAUGACAUGUGAGUGAUGCAACAAAGGGGGCGUGUCUAAUUCGACAAAUUCAGCGUGUUAGUCGUCUAUCAGCUUUUCAUCAUUCUUGCACACUGGAGGCCACACCCUCCUUAUCUCCUUCUAUGUGGCAACAGCAGAUCACGUGACCUUCUACCAAGGUUAUGCCCUUUGUGUCAUCUUACUGACAGAAUUCUACAGAAGGGGCGUGGCAUGGGAGGAGUUUGAUGGACAGGCAUAAAUAUAGACUCCGUAAAGUGAAGACAAGCCAGAAGAAGAAGAAACCAAACAGGAUGAGAAGUUGUUGUGUGUUAAACUUUAAAUGUGUAAUCUUAUAGCAUGUGGAUCCUCCUGGGAAUAAUGAUGACGAUGAUGAUGAGGUGCAGUCAGGAGGUUGUAGUCCAGUAUGAGGAGGGUCAGGACGUGUCUCCUGCCAGCUCCUGGUUGAUGUUCCUCAAGAACUCCAACAAGGAAGCUUCUAGAAGAACCUCAAAGGGACCUCCAGGCCCACAAGUUCUCCUCCCACCUGGACAGCUCAAACUGGCAGAUGUGACGUCAAAGGCGUGCACGUGGUGUGAAGGCCCUCCUCAAGUCUCCACCGCCUUCCUUGGCCGCCUCCCACGUGCCGUCAGCAUCCGUCGCCGCAGUCUGCUGGAAGUUCGCGGCUUCAUUCAGGCCAUCCGCUUCCAGAGAGGUCAAAGCUUCAACGCCAGCGAAGGCCGCUUCACGGCGCCACUCGCCGCCUUCUACCAGCUGAGCGCCGACGUCCUUCUGCAGUCAGGUGACCGUGUUCACAUGCGGCCUCGAGACAACGUGAGAGCUGCGAUCUGCCUUAAUUCCCUCUGCCAGAGUAACCUGUCCAUAGAGUCUGUGAUAGGUGUGACCAGUGUGGUGGGAACAUUCAGGAUCUUCCUCACGGGAACGUUCUUCUUACAGGCUGGCGAGUACGUGUCCGUCUUUGUGGACAAUAGCAGCGGCUCGGCCAUCAGCAUCAUGCCAGACUCUUUCUUCUCUGGAAUACUGCUGGGAACUUGAUUUCCUGUUCCCAUCGUUCCCACUCUAGUCUUUGCUUUCGUGUUAUGCUAACAUUAGCCACAUGCUAUUAACUUAGCUAGAAUAUUCUCCCCAGGUUUUCAGCAUGGAAGAUAAUGUUAUCUUUGCU